UGCCUCUUCCCCAUGUCAUCUUCAUUUCCUCCUUACACGAGCUGGCUUGUAAAGCAAUUUUAGUGAUAGCUGGCAGCAGGCGAGCAGACGCAAGAGGUGAGGGAGGACAGAUAUCUGCACUUGGAGUGUUUUCUUCUCUCAGAAGGAGCUUCAGAGGUGUGAAAACUGCCCUGUGCCGCUUGAUGGUUGACUGAGCUGUGGCAGAAAUAUCUGGUGCAAUCCAACAUAAUCUCUCUCUGACCAACCUUGAACAAAAUUACCCCUUCCUCACCACAUCAGGCUCUUUCACCUUUAGCUCUAACGCCCCAGGUGGAGUGUGAUGGCAGAGCGCGGCGUGGGUGCAUGCCCCCAGGUGUUUGUGGUGGACAGCCAGGCUAACUACACCUCCGUGCCCGGCGGAAAGAAACCGAGGUGGGCGAGGGCAGGCCAAAAGUUUCUUUUGCUGCUGGUGGGACUCACCGUGCUGGGACUUGUUGUCGAGGGAUAUUUAAUCUACAAUCUAUACAAAAAAACUGAGGCAUUUUCCCUGUGCAUGUCUCAUCCUCUCUGCCAGAACCUGUCCAGCCCCAAAACAUCUGGCCGGCAGGGUGGCACCUUAAUGAGCAGAGUGGGACCUUAUGAGUCCAAUGAGAUUCCUACAGUGCGACCACAUGUGGAACAGGACCAGCAGAGGCCAUUUGCGCAGCUGAUAGGCUCUGGGAGUCCUAUCGGGGAGAACAAUGUCGUACAAUGGGUACAUAAAGGUGGCGAAACCAUCACCUACAACAUGGGCUACAACAAUGGCCGGUUGUUGGUCGAGAAAGAUGGCCACUACUACCUCUACUGUAAAGUGACAUUAAAUGCUGCAGAGGAGUGUUCGCUAAUCCAGCACAAGGUCAUGAAAGUCACCAAGGCCUAUGAUAAUGCUAUAGAACUUAUGAAAUCUAAAAGUUUCCGCUGCCGGACGCCGAAACCUUCAACUGCAAAGUCUUCAGGUGGGGAUGAUCUGUGGAACAGUUUCCUGGCUGGGAUCUUCCACUUACAGAAAGGAGAUGAGAUUUUUGUCACAUUGGAGGACAUACAGAAGAUGCGUCCAGGAACUACUGACAACUUGAUGGGGGCCUUCAUGAUAUCUCCAUAGAGGCAUAUAAAAAAUACCUCUGUCCCACAUUGUGAUCAACUAUAACUAGUUUCCCUGAAGAUAUUAGACUGUUUGAUUCAUAACGGGCAUUGAGGUUUUAAGGUAACAACCACUUAAAGAGUCACAUCAGUAACGUUAGUUACAACGACAAAUCUUACAGACGUACGUAAACUCCUUUAUGACCUCCAUCGUUUGUUUUUGGCGCUCUAGUGAAGCAGAGUGACUGAUGAACCGUUCGAUUCUUCCCUACACAGAUCACAUUUCACUUUGAACUGAGCAUUUAUUUUUUUGCUGGCUGACGACCCUGUGCACUGUGCAGGAAACUAUUGGAAUGCAGGAAGCGAUUGCAAUGCACCUUACAUCUCUCUGUGUCAAUUUACACAUGUUGUGGUGAAUUUUAUAUAUCUAAUAUAUACAAUAUUUUACAAAACAUAAUCUAAAUUAUACUGUACUUGAUGAAUGUAUGUGAAUCACUUAUGAAAGAGCAACAAAUGGUUGUGAUAUCAUAAAAAGUAUCUGAUAUUCAGGUUAUAUAAUCCUUCUUGAUAAUUUGAUAUAUAUUUUGUUGUGUGAAUAAAAUGCUGUUUCUUAUCAAA